GAGAACUGGGCCUCGCGGGUCCUGCAGGAGAUGAAGGACUUGAUGCUUCUGCUCAAUCGCGAAGGUCGAGUUCUGUAUGCGUCACCCUCGUGCGUCGAGAUCACUGGCUUCGAAGCCCAGUCGCUCGAAAAGAGCGACCUGUUCCGCUAUGUUCACGAGGACGACAAGUCCGUUCUCACUCAAGAAUUGAAAGAAUGUAUUGAGACUGGCCGGCUGUUGCGCUGCCAUUUCCGCUUCUGUAAGCCAGAUAGCAGCUUCUGUCUGCUCGAAGCACACGGACAUCCACAUAUCGCUCCCUCGGAUCCCUCGUCGAUGCCCAGUGGUCCGGGUGGUGGUAAUGGGGGGAUUUUCCUCGUCUGUCGCCCUUAUCCGACUAGGGGAGCCCAGCUCCUCAACUCAUUUCUCGAACAUAAGAUCGAGAACAUCCGCCUCAAUCAGCGCAUCGCGCAACUCAAGGAAGAGGAAGAGGAAGAGCUCAACGCGACGCAGCAAUCUUUCAAUAACAGUAAUAGCGGCGCCGGCAACAACAAUUACCACCACCACCACAACAACAACAACAACAACAACAACAACAACAGAGAUGGCCAUUUUGACAACGAAUCCUCCGAUACGGUCACGAGUAACGCCGACGAUGCGGAUUCGCGCUCGUUUCCCGGCAUGGAGGGCGUCAUAGACCGCCUACCUGCGGUCGACGACAUGUCGCAUAUCGAGGGCAUUGAAGUCAUGACCGGUCUGUACUAUGGAGAGGGCGAGCGGUCCCAGGGUCUGAGUACCGGCCAAAAGCAUGGUCGCUUGGUCCACUACUCGGACAUUGAUGGCGAGUCGUCUGGCAACGAUCCCCAGGCAAGUCGAGGAGUCGGGGAUGGGGAUCGGAGGAAACGACUCAAGGGCGAGUAUAUGUGUACGGACUGCGGGACGAGUGAUUCGCCGGAGUGGCGGAAGGGGCCCGAGGGUCCGAAGACGUUGUGUAAUGCUUGUGGAUUACGCUGGGCUAAAAAGGAGAAGAAACGCCAAGAU